AUUCAAAGUUAUAAAACGAAAAUUUUGGAAAGAUACAAACAAGAUGAACUUUGCUCCAAUAUUUCUGACCAGGAUCUUACUUUUAAGAAGUUCGUUUAUUAUGUGAGUGAUGUUGGGUUUGAUAGAGAUGCACACUGGCGAUCGUACGGCUCAAUUUGUCACGCGUGUGAUAUAGAGUACGAUUUCAUCGGUCAUUUUGAGGACAUGACAGAAGAAGCACCUUAUAUCCUACGACAAACAGGAAUGGAUCGAGCGGUGACCUUUCCUCCGUUUCUUACCCACAAUACUACAAGUCAACUUCUUAAAAGCUAUGCCCCGAUACCCAAGGAGAAGAUCGCUCAGCUGGGUUAGGCCUUUGAAGAAGACUUUGAAACGUUUAAUUACGAUUUUCCAGGGCCUCUAUUCGAUCUCAUGCACGAUUAAAAAGUCAGUAUCUAUAGCAAAUACAUAUCUACGAGGAAAGUAAUUCCGCUUUUUUUUCCCUUCUUGCGUCCAUGUUACUUACAAGUGUCUGCUGCGCUAGGCUCAGUCUCCAGCCGUGGGUGUUUCGCUGCGCCCGCGGUACUCCCCACCAGGCUGGAGACUGGGACUCCUGCUACGUAGCCUACCUGAAAUUGACUCGCUCGUGCAUGGGACCUUUUGACAUACUAAGUGAUAUGGGAAUAAGAGAAAACAUGUAAUGAAGUAGACGGAUACAAUAAAUAGUUUAUCUAGCGGUAAAUCGGAUAAACCUUUAAAAAUGACAACAAAUAAUUUAGAUUAAACUCUACAAUGUAAUCUAGAAAAAAAUCACCUAAUAAAAUAGUCUGAUAUACAUUACUGUAAAAAAUACUAUUCUUUUUAGUCCGUUUGUUUUGGCGACGGUUAACGUGACAUCUUCGGUUAUUUUUCAGAUUAAGACAAUUACUAACACAACAUUUGUUUGGCUCUGGUAAAAAUAAGUAUGAUCCGCGAUUCAGGGGAUUAUUGAUGUAUGUCCUGAAACAUUUCGGCCCUUUAAACCUUUGGUAAAAAUAAGUAUGAUUCGCGAUUCUGGGGAUUAUUGAUGUAUGUCCUGAAACAUUUCGUCCCUUUAAACCUUUCUCCGAUCAAACAGUGUCUCUAAACUAGAGAUUCCUAGUGCCUCCCGACAGGUGACAUGCGGCGACACAAUUCGCAUAGCGAGCUUCUGCGAGCCCUCCAGUAGAAAAGUAUGAAACGGUAAACUGAUUCUAACGGUAAGGCGAUCAAGAAGUAAACAAAUGAAUAAAACAAAAACUAUAUAUUUAAACCUAUUUAAGUUUAAUUGUACUGAUCCAGGUCUACAACUGGGAGAACCGGCACCACUUGUUACUGUCGACCUGCUGAUAUUUUAUAUAUUUUAGCCCUUCAGUAGCCUGGGACCAGGCUCUGCAGUGGGGAAAAAAGGCCAAAGACAGGAUGAGGGGAAAUGUAUGUGCAUUUCCACUAUAAACAAAUCUCUUUUUAGCGAAUGCAUUUCUAGAAAUAGGGGCGGAUCCAGGAUUUUCUUUCUAGUUUUUUUUUUGCAGAAUACCAGUUGUAUUAGAAAACUACUGCAGGUCAUCUCGGGGGGAGGGGGGUGCACACCCCCUGCACCCUCCCCCUAGAUCCGCCCCUGAGAAAGAAAGACUACGUAGAGUAGGAAAUUAUGUAUGGAUGAAGAUCAACGCCGUGGCAUGGUGGCGUGACGGGGGAAGCCGAGUAGUCUCCUCUGCCCUUACCACCUUGGCCUGCGUACACCUUCCUGGCACAUCUUACUUCUAAGAAAACAGCUUAAGCGAAUUUACGUGUUUUCUAAGAACCCCGAGAUUUAUUCGUAUAGUGAUUGGAGGCAGCGUAAUAGAGAAGAGAUGUGUUACGUCACGUUACCAAGAGAGCCAAAUUUCUGGAUAAAAACAGUUUAAGCAACGACGACGGCGACGGCAACGAAAACGGCAAAAAAGCAAUGGUUUAUAUUAGCAAAACCAUUCCUUAUCAUAGGAAAUGAACGCGAAUUUCAAAAAUUCCCAUUAAUUUUAGUCCCGUUAAUUUCUAGCCUGCGAAAACAUCCGUUUCUCCUCACUCUUCGUCGCUGAGGACGUUUCGCUUGGAGGAACGUCUGCGACUCAGCGACAGAAAUUCCAUACUGUUGACGUAAAAUCUGUCCAGAAUCCGGUCAGAAGCGCUGAUUGGUCGACGGAGCAGUUACAUUGUUUUAGCUAUUGUUUACAAAUGACAGACAAAAGACAAAAGGCCAAAAAGGUCAAAUGUAAACACGAAGAAUCUCUAACAAAACAGUCAAUAUUUGUGGAAUAUAGUCUUCUCUAGAAGAAGCAUUUGAGUUUUGCUGGAACUCGUGGGCAGAUCAACACAACACUUUACCAAAAUGGACCAGAAGACACGCAAAAUUAAUAUUUGGAACCCCAUGACUACCGGAUUUAUUUUUUAAACAUUGAUUUGCGUCAUCAGUAUGGAAUUUCUGUCACUGAGUCGCAGACGUUCCUCCGCGCGAAACGUCCUCAGCGACGAAGAGCGAGGAGAAACGGAUGUUUUCGCAGGCUAGUUAAUUUCCGUAAACGUCAAUUUCCGCGACGUUAAUUAAGUGUAGCGUUAAUUUCGCGACAUUAACUUCCAUGUUUUUUGACCCCAAAUUCUCAAUACACUUCUGGCGUUCUCGAGACCUAAGAAAGAGGAGUACUUUAUCAGGGUGAAGAUCCGCCAGCAACAGUAAAACUGUGUAGAACUUGCAGUGGCCAGAUUUCUUCGCUUAACGUUUAAGGAAAGAACCACGAACAAAGUUUCCGUUUCGCAUUUUACGUUUGAUCUUCGUUGCUGUUGUCUCAGCAAGUUUUGUUUCUUUGUGCACGUCGAGUUAAUUUCCUUCAUUUUGAAAUGUUACCCGGCCUCUCUUUCGCGAUUUAAUUUCAUUUAUUCAAAAGUCGUUUUCUACUAAAUUCGCGUUAAUUUAAGUGGUGUUAAUUUCUAAUACCUUAAUUUCAUGGAGUGUUAAUUUUCUCUAAUAGGGUAACUUUGCACGUGCAUCACGCGUACUGUACGAUUCUUAGCUGUCAUUGCUCGACGGCGACAUGAAACGUUCUCAUCAAUCUGUGGAGUAGGUGAACACAACACAAAAAUGUUCCUUUUGUUUCUUAACUCAGAUAUGGUUCUUUUCGAUUCAACCGUAGAAAAUUUCGCCAACACUUGGCAAAUUAAAUGAAGUUGAAUAAGAUCAGUGAAGUUUGAAAAAGUGCGAAUUCACGUUUUUGGUUUGUUGUCAUCCAGAUUUUGCUACCAUGGCAACGUGACGUAACGGCUUCUCCUCCCUACUGGGGAGUCUUACCAUGAGUAUCAAUCUACGCGUAGUGACGUUUUCUUGUUGUCGCCGUGUCACGGGUGUAUCCUUUGCAUGGGAGCAAUCUCGUGCACAGGGCCCACGCAAGAGCUCCCCAGAGAGCUUGCUCGCAGGCUAGAUACGUAUAUUCCAUGUGGGAAAUCGUUAGAUGAUGAUGAUAAUGAUUCACAAGAUUCCAAAGAAGGGGGCCUCAACAACUGUAACAACUGUGGCAAGACGUAACACCUCUCUCCAUUUCAGCUCAUUUCCAGCAAGAUAUUCUGCAGAACAUUCCUCAAAAUGAUUGAUAGUGCCAUAGAUCCUAAGUUGAGACCCGAACAGACUAAAUUUCGUACAGGCCGAGGCUGCAUUGUUCCAGAUUUUCCUCUCCAGAACAUCACUGAGCAGUGCAUUGAAUGGAAUGUUCCCUUGUUUACCAACUUCAUUGUCUUUGAGAAAGCAUUCGACAGAGUGGAAGAUCUUGAAGGGCAUACGGACUACUACCUUAGAUUGUUAUUUAGAGUCAUUCCCCAUCAAGUCUAGAGUACAACAGAGUUUUAUUUUGUCCAAUCUUUUUUGUAGUAGCCAUAGACUGGGUGAUAAGUGAAACAACCUCAGACCGUCCGCUUGGAAUCUAGUGGACCUUGGUCUCACAUUUAGAAGAACAUGACUCUGCCGAUGAUCUGGCAGACAUGUCAGCCACUCAGCCAUCUCAGGCAAAAAUGCUACAGACAAUUUGAAAUAACUUUGAAAGGGCUCCUUGCUAAACAGAGAGAAUAACGUGCGCGUGGUACUGUGUUACUGGCAAAUAAGAGGUUUUGAAUAAGCUUUGUGUCCAAAUAAACACCGCCCCCCAAACAAAGCGCGGCAAGAAGAAAAGUUCAAUGAGCUCCGCUGCUUUCUUCGAGUAAAUAUCGUAAGGCACGUGAUCAGAGUCAGUACUGCGCAUAUGUGAAGGUAAAGAGAAAUACCUUACAAACGAUAAAGCAAAGCUGAGCAACAAACAAAUGAUCAACUGUUGAAUAUAAACCGACAAAGUAUCUUAUUUUCAUUUCUUUAAUGGCUGUUCCACUUUGGAGAAAUUUGUUUGUAUCUCUGAUCAUUUUACUGAUUCUGCUGGCCAUGUACAUGGUUGCUCUGUACCAAGGUAAGCUACCAUUUUACCUUUUUCAAAUUUCAAUUCUUGUAUAUAUCUUGACCGAUAAAGGACACUGAUUUUUGUUAUUCGUUUGUUGGCUAACUAACUAACUUCAAAAAUAGAAAGAUGGUGCUUUCACUCCGCGCACUUUCCUUUCGUCAGAUAAGUAUGCGGCAGGAAAUUACGCGUAUCAAAACUGCUGCCACAGUUCACUACCUAACUGAAUCCCUCCUGCUUUUUUUUCUAAUAAAUGUUCAGUUGAACGCUUCUUUAACCAUUUGGAACACUCUACUGGACCAAAAAAUACUUCAAACGUAAUGCAUGUAAGUUGCUGUUCUGCAAUUCGUUUUCGAUCAAACUUUCCUCACAAAGAAAAUUAAUCGCCAUCUCCUGCAUUAACUUCAAAGUAGCCAGAGUUUCUAGCGAUGAAAUGACUGUCUAUACUUCUUUUUUACUUUAAGGUUUUUCAAAAUAGUCAGUGUCCAACUUUUUAUUUUUAUUUUUUUCACAGAAAGCCUUGGGUAAUGAAAGUUUUAAACUCAGAAAUUAAAAUGUCUCGUUAAAUAAAUAUGUUUUGCAUUUUUUCUCCUUUAAAUGUGUUAAAACUAUUACUUAAUGUUUACGACUGAAGGCGAAUCAAUCACUCUUGGCUUAACACAUGAUAUAAUGCUGCGAUUAUUUGGAUAAGCAAUAUUCCUUUAUUAGAUAUUAUUAACAGAAAGGUUUUAAUCAUAUAUUCAUUAGGCAACUGAUAUAUAUGGCCUUUUAUGGCUAAUUAACGUCAGAGAUGUUUCCAACAGAAGUUGUCCUUGGCAGCUCUCCCUGACGAAAAAACUGGCGAGUAGCAUUUUAACAAGGAGAGCUGUCAAGACUGAACACUUGUCAGGGCUGAUAUUUGCCAGCGGUAAUGACUCAUCAAGGACUCUUGUCAAGGAAACGCCAAAGGCAGGCCAAGGAUUUGUGGAAAUUUAACGUCCGCUGGCCGAUUUCAUUAUCGGCGCGGGCAAUAAUGAUAACUAUUGGUCAAGAAAAAUUGUAAUUAAAGUGAGGCUUUAUUUUAACUCGAUAAUACUUUUUAUUUUUCAUCUUUGUUGUCCCUGCAACUGACAUUACUUCCUCCAUAGAUGUUGAAGUGGUCAGGACCUUGCCCGAAGUAGAUAAAACAGCAGGCAUUGCUGAAAAAGAACUCAAGGUAGGUUAAAUCACGUCGUAUUAUUACAGGUCUUAAUGGUAUAGGAGAAUGACGUUUAUCUAGCCUGCCAAGCAUAGGCGUUUCUGUGCGGUUUCGCGCGGCCAAAACCGAAAAUUCCGUAACGGAAACGCUUGCUACGCAGGCUAAUAUUUGUCUGUCGCGAUUUUAUCCUCUCUAACAAUCGUUUUGUUUGCGAGAUCGUUUAAUGUCUUUUAAAUGUCUCAACUAUACUAAAUAAAGAAUUAAGAGAUGGGAAAGGUAGUACGGACCGGCCAGAGUUGUAGGAAGAAGACUUUGUGGAUCAUUUUACGUUUCUGGGAAACUGCCCACCUACCCCUCCCCUAAGCCAACAUUAACACUUACUUCCUUACUUAGGGCAAAGUGCUGGCUUAGGGGAGGGCUAGGUGGGCAGUUUCCCAGAAACGUAAAAUGUUUUGCUUGUUUCAUGUCUUGUUCAGCCUGUUUGUGUAAAAAAUGCACUUUACUUGAGUGUCAAUGUUGUAUUUAAAUUACUAAUUAGGGACACUACCUGGGUGCCAGUUUACACGGUUUAAGCGCCCCUACCGACUAAGCUAAUCCUGAUUGUCCUGAUUUCUAAUCGAACCUUCUGGCUAAAGCUCCCACGUUUGUAAAUCCACUUUUCAGAUAGAGAAGGAUGGUCACCUUUUGGAGCGGAUUGAACAGA